AUGGCUUCCAGCACUACCUCCACCGGCUCGCCCAAGCUCGAUGCCGUCGUCCAGAACGUCAAGGCUGCCGUUGAGCCUGCUCCUCUCUCUGGCGUUGCCCUCUACUCCCGCUUCGCCCUUGCUGGUGCUGUCUGCUGCUCCGUCACCCACGGUGCUCUUACUCCCGUCGAUGUCGUCAAGACCCGUAUCCAGCUCGACCCUGCCACCUACAACCGUGGUAUGAUUGGUGGUUUCCGCCAGGUCAUCCAGAACGAGGGUGCUGGUGCUCUCCUUACUGGUUUCGGUCCUACCUGUGCCGGUUACUUCCUCCAGGGCGCCUUCAAGUUCGGUGGUUACGAGUUCUUCAAGAAGCAGUCCAUCAACGUUCUUGGCCUUGAGACUGCCUCCAACAACCGCACUGCUGUCUACCUCGCCUCUUCCGCUGCUGCCGAGUUCUUCGCCGAUAUUGCCCUUUGCCCCCUUGAGGCUACCCGUAUCCGUCUCGUUUCCGAGCCCACCUACGCCAACGGUCUCAUUGGUGGCUUCACCAAGAUGCUGAAGAACGAGGGUAUCGGCGCUUUCUACGCUGGUUUCGGUCCCAUUCUGUUCAAGCAGAUCCCCUACACCAUGGCCAAGUUCGUCGUCUUCGAGAAGGUCUCUGAGGCUGUCUUCCGCCAGUUCCCCAAGAAGGACCUCUCCGACGGCAUGCAGACUGUUGCCAACCUUGGCUCUGGUCUCGUUGCCGGUUUCGCCGCCGCCAUUGUCUCCCAGCCCGCUGAUACCAUGCUUUCCAAGAUCAACAAGACCAAGGGUCUCCCCGGUGAGGGCACUACUUCCCGCCUGAUCAAGAUUGCCAAGGAGCUCGGUAUCCGUGGCUCUUACGGUGGUAUCGGUGCCCGUCUCUUCAUGGUCGGUACCCUCACUGCCGGUCAGUUCGCCAUCUACGGUGACCUGAAGAAGGCCCUCGGCGCCGUUGGUGGUGUUGAGAUUUCCAAAUAA